AUGUGGCACGGGUCAAAAAAUCUUGGGAAAAAGAUCGUCCAGGCAAGUCAAAAGAAGAGCUGCAAAAGUCUUGUAACCUGGACAAAAGACAUUUGCAAUCAUUUUUGGUUUUGUGCUAAGACUGCAUCAACCUUCAAUGAUUUUUUUGACAUAAGAAAUGCUGAUGGUGAAGUGGAGUAUAAGAGGUUAUUCAACAAGAAGUCACGUCAGUGGAGACUUUACGCUCUUAGAGUUGAGAAGGACUAUGCAUACAUUGAACUCCAGAGGGCCAUCCUUCAGUGCAGGAUAUCUUCUGGGAAAGGCAUGCCAAAAAAGAUGCCACAAAGGCAUGACGACCCUCUACUGGCAUAUGGACUUCUCCCUGCAGUUCCACGUCCACCGAAAGAGGAACUCUUGCAGACCCAAGUCAGCAGAGGAAUAGGGAAAGAAGUCCAAAAGUGA